UAUCAGAUGGAGAAAGAUGUGGAGAGAGUGCGGAUUGUUUGAUGAUUUUAGUUUGAAGAUCGCAGAGGGAGAGAUGCAGAGGGCAAGGAAGUUGCACGCUCUGCUGGCCAUCUCUUUCUUACUGGUCACCUCAUCAGUUCGAGGCAAUAGUCAAGUGCAAAUGAACGAAAAGAGAACUCUUCUUGAUCUUAUAGUGCAGGUCAUUGGGGACAGUAACAAUAGUAGAGAAAAUGGAAAAAUCCUUUCCAGGCGGUAUAGUGAGAGCGUCGUGGACUCAGCGGAUCGCAGACUAUCCUCCAAGGAGAGGACAGCCCCUGCCCCAAGACCCAGCAGCAGGAGACCCAUAGAAAUAUUUUCUCGAGAUCCAACUUUAAAAGACAAGUUCUUAAAUCAUUUUACAGGUCCUGUGACAUUUUCAGCAGAAUGCAACAAGCAUUUCUUUAGAGUCUACCACAAUACUAAAGACUGUUCAACACCAGCUUAUUACAAAAGAUGUGCAAGGCUGUUAACGCGGUUGGCUUUGAGCCCAUUAUGCUCACAAUAAAAGAUCCUAGCAUCUGAUCUGCUAAAACAUAACUUUGAUUUGCCAAGAACGUGCCUUGAAUCCCUCUCCAAGUGCAGAUGUCUCAAACUACGUUGAUCUGAGUUACCGUUUUCUCAUAAAAUGCAUCUUUUUUUUUUUUCUUUAUGUUGAACAUUCCAUAACCACGUGAACUUAAUACUUUUAAUUUUUUAAUAUAUUGUCCAGGGCUGAGAAAUGUAACUAUUUAUUUAAAAAAACACUGUAUAUAAUAUGUACUAAUAUUAUACUAAAUAUAUGUUAUAAUCACUUGCAGAGUCAUUUAUUAUUUUUUGUUUUUAUUUUUAACGAUUUACAUUGUAAUUCAAAUUUGUUGCUCAGGCUGAAAUCUUUUUAUUUGCACUAAUUUGAAAUGGAAAUGAUCUAUAUGAUUGAAUACUUCCAAGUAAGCUUUUAGGAAGAUGUAUUAUUGUCAGGUUAAAAUAUCAGAGAUUGUGUAGUAAAGCUUUGGCAAGAUAUUGCACAUAAAACCAAAUGCAUGUUGUACAGGCACAUUUGGAUGGGCUGCAAAUAAAUUUCAAGUAUGUGACUGGAAAACUGCAAUGCAGUUUUGAUGGAAUAAAUAAUAUGCAUUUGUGA